AUGGACCUCACACCGCCCUCCCUCACAAGGUCGCCCUCGUCUCCUUCCAACACAUACUGCCCCUCGGAGCGGUCUUCACUGGACUACCCCUCCCCCAGCCUGGUGGAACAGCAGUACAAGAUCUCGUCCAUAUACGGCGACCAGCCCUGCUCCGUGAACCACCCGUCCAUGGACCCAGAGAACUCGCUGCCCCCGCUGGACUCGAUGGGCCACUCGGAAUGGAACAGCACGACCAUCAUCCACCCGGCGUCGUCGGCCGCGGGCAUGCCCAGCAUCCUCUCGGGCGACUACGAGACCUUCGGGAGCUACCCCUACAGCCAUGACAUGUACCACUCGCAUACCCCAAGCCACCACCACGCACACUCCAUCUCCACAUCAACCCCUCCGCCGUCCAGCGCCGCCUCUAGAUCUCCGGUCGCGUCUUCGAGGACCUCGCUCUCCUACACCCCGGGCCCGCCCAUUCCUGGGUCCAUGACGCCGCGGGUCAAGAUGGAGACGGCUUCCGAGUACAACCAGUCCAUGGAGUCGCACUACCCCUCGCCACGCUCCGUACAGACCUCAUACCCCUCCGACAGCGGCGCUUAUACGAGCGCGUCCGGGGGCUACCUCUCCGACGGCGGGUCAUCGGGGUGGCACAAGUCGGACUACCAGCCCGUGGAGCCCGACCAGUUCUACCCCGGCCCCGGAGCACCGGCAUCUGCAUUCCUGCAAGAUGGGAGGAGGCAGUACCGCGUAGCCCGGCCGCGGAGAGCCCCGCGCCGCCUGACAACCAAGGAAGAGGCCAACUUCCAGUGCGAGGUCAAGGGGUGCGGCAAGCUGUUCAGCCGGAGCUACAACUUCAAGGCGCACAUGGAGACACACGACGAAAAGCGCGAAUAUCCCUUCCCGUGCCCCAUCAGCGACUGCAACAAGAAAUUUGUGCGCAAGACUGAUCUGCAACGGCACCACCAAAGCGUCCACAUGAGGGAACGCAACCACAAGUGCGACUACUGCGCCCGCCUGUUUGCGCGCAAAGAUACUUUGAGGAGACAUAUGGAAGACGGAUGCUCAAAGAGAUUUGACAUCGGCACCCUGGAUCUCCGGGGAGAGACAUACGAAGGCCUCAACCCUGGCGCACGCUCCAUGGCCGGGUCACUGAGUCACCUGGUCUCACCGCCCGUCGGGCUGCCGCCAAUGGCCAUCCCGCCCCUCGGCAGCAGUGGCAUCCUCUCAUCAAUGCCACCGUCCAUGCGGAGUAGAGACGUACUCGCGGGCGGCGACCACCCCCAGAGCCACUGGGGGAGGUGA